UUGAUAUACCCUUUCGUACGAGGUAAGUCAAAAGGUAAAGUUAACCGCUGCUCUCAGAGUUUUCCUUUUCAUUUUCCAUCGACCAGAGUAAAAUUACAGAGCGGAAAAAUGAAUUCCCUGAAUUUCAUUUUCAUCCUCUUCGUCUGCAUCACUCUCUACUGUCCUCCACAGUCUUUUACUUUAGCGCAAUCAGUACAACUCUCCGAUCAAACUUUAUCGCCUUUCUCCGUCGCCCUCGACAAUCUCCAAAUUCAAAUCAACUAUACAUUUGAGAACAUUGGAUUAUUGCGACGAGCAAUGACUCAUGCAUCGUAUUCAGAAGAGAACAACAAGGCAUUGAGUGUUUUGGGAGUCAGAUUGAUUGAGGCUUCUGUUGCACUCCAAUUGUUGACCAAAAAUGUGGAUGCUUCAUCUAAGGAGUUGAACAGCCGGAUAGUCGAGAUAGAUAAUAUCGCUACGUCAUGUGCUUUGGAUGGGACUCACCUGGGUUUGCAGAAUAUAGUUAGAGUUUCGUUCAAGACCAGUUCCAUGGCUCCUGCUGUGGUAUGUGGUGCUUUUCGUGCAAUAUUUGGGGCAAUUGCAGUAGAUACUGGGAGUUUAGACGAGGGCGGAAGGGUGUUCUGGAAAGUUCACAAGGGAGGAGUCGGGAGAGCAAUGGCUAUGUAGGUAAAAUUGUGAUAUUGCAUUAAGUAAGUUGUGUAACAUUGUGAUAUUGCACGGCGUGGCUUAUGUUUGUGAACGAUGUUGAUUGAGCUCAUGAUUGAUUCAAGUAGAGACUGAAGAACAGUAGUAUGAUUAUGAUAAGAUAUGUAUAUGUCUAGCUGUGUUAACGCUAUAGGAUAUUGUGAAUUCUAUGUAUUUUUAUUACUACUAUGGUUCAAACAGAAGUGCCUUCAAUGAAAUGGAUUCUCAGAUCUCUUGAUAAGUA